AUGCAAGAAGCACAAGAUCAACGAAUCUGCAGCGUGUUGCUGCCAUCGCUGCUGCUGUUGCUGUUGCUGGCUGUUAGUUUUGUGGCAGGCAACACACAUAGCUUGCAGCCAAGCGGCAAUGUUAACGGCAGCCUGCCACAGCCUGUCAAACUAAGUCGAGCCAAGCGAGUGGCCAUUUUCAAUGGCCAGGGCGUAGUUAAGUUUGUCGCCAGCGUGGCACAUCCCGUUAAGCUGCCGAAUAAGAAUCACAAUUUUUGGUUCUUUUAUAAUCUACAAAAUCAAUAUGUGCCCACCACCAUACCCAUCUACUGGUGGAGCUUUUGGAACACCACCACCUUUGUGUCGACGGCACGCGAGCUGCGCAAGGAUCUGCAGGCCACGCUGCAUCGCGAUGAAACGCGUAGCUGGCUCUAUGAUGCCAUAGAAAUAGGCAUGCAGCAAGUAGCGGGCAGCGAACUGGGCGCCGUCUGUUUGCUGCGCGGCAUUUGCGAAAUCUCUCAGCUGCCAUUCGAGAACAGCAAUGUGUUCAGCGAGAUGCUUAAUGCGCUGCUUAUACCCACUGUGCAUAAUGUAGCCGAAAAGUAUCUGAAUGCGCGAGACGCGGGGCGAGCAGGCGCCGAUUGCCUGAGAACCUACAAGGAUUGCAGUCCCAAGGUUUGGAGCUGGCUGGCGCAUGUAACCAAGAUGACGUUCUAA